CCACCAAAAUUUGGCGCGAACUUUUUGCGCAGCGGAAGCUUUAGCACGGCGCGUCGUCGUCUCGACGCUUCGAUAUUUAUUUAACGUCUUCGUUUUUUUCGUUAUUUUUUAAGAUCUAUUUUUUAAAAAACAACCCCUCAACGUAUUGCCGUGAUAAUAAUAAAAAUAACAUACAGACGAAGAGAAGAAAAUGCAGAGAUCCAUCGCGUCUUUUUUCCAGCCAGCAAAGGGCCAGCAGCCUGAGAAAAUAAAACCCAAGCAGCCUGAGAAAACCAAGCCAAAAGCAGAAAAAGUAGUGACGAAAACUCCACUUAAAGCAAAGAAGAAUGGUUGCUCUCCACCUGCUGCUGACAACACCGAAUCCCCCGUUAAAAGAUCUAAAAAGAAAACGCGGCGAGUCCUGGAGAGCGAUGACGACGAUGAUAACGACGACAAUGUUGACGAGGAAGCACGUAACAACGGUGUGCCUAAGAGCACAGGCUCGGAAAAGAGCAAAACCACGGAGAGCACCGUUACCCCGGAUAAGAAUACGAUGCGAGUAAAGAGGGAGACCCCAGAAAGGAAGCCAACGCCAGAGCAGAAGAAGACUCCUAAGAAUAGUAAAGUCUUAGUGGAGAAGGACAAAACAGCAGGGCACGAGGUGAAGUCGAAUGGGAAGAGUAAAGAAUCACCUGGCAAACAGAGUGACGAGGAGGUCGACACCUCCACCUCUGAACCCGAGGCAAGCAAGGCAAAGGAGACUGAAGAUGUGAAUGCAAAGACUGGAACUUCAAGUCCCACGCUGCCCACAUCCCCAGAAGGAAAUUUGGUCAUUCCAAAGCGCAAGACAGCCCGUAAACAAUUACCUAAGCGGAAGCUCGAUGCCUCCCCUGAAGCCUCAAAUUCCUCCAAGAAGCCCAAACAAGAGGACGCAGGAGACACACCAGCCAAGAAGCAGGAGACGAUUCCCACGAGCAAAGAGCACGGGCAGAAUGUGGCCGAGCCAAUGGACGUGGAUACGUCGGCGACUGAAGCAGAGAUCACGAAACCAAAGGACAAAGCAAACACAAGCGGAGACUCCGCACACGAGCCCACUGCUGAGGAGGGCUCCCCCGAGCGUGAAAAAAAAUCUGUGAAGAAGAAAAUUAAGGAAAGGAUCAUUUCUCCAGAUAAGGCAGACGAGUCUUCAAAACAGACACCAAAGAAGAAAGCAACAGAGAAGCCAGCCCCCAACAGCAAGGGCAAAGAAGUCAUGAGCAGCUUUUUUGCGCCGAGGAAGAGCUGUGCCAAGGUCAUGGAGGAAGAGCAGAAGGUGCCGGAGGAGAAUAAGAACACGGCAGAUGAAGAGGUAGAGGAAGCGAAAGAGAAGCCGGACAAGGAAAAGGCUGUUGACAAAGAUGUUACACCGAGCCCCAAGCCUAUUAGCAGCUUUUUUGGAGGUGGAAAAGUGGAGACGUCACCAGGCUCACAAGAAAACUACAAUCCCGCGAAAAGCCAUUACCACCCAAUAAAUGACGCCUGCUGGGAACAUGAACAAAGGGUUCCCUAUCUUGCUGUAGCAAGGACGUUUGAGAAAAUUGAGGAGGAGUCUGCUCGGCUCAAGAUCGUGGAGACGCUGAGCAACUUCCUGCGUUCUGUCAUAGUACUCACCCCAGACGACCUCCUUCCAUGCAUUUACCUGUGCCUCAAUCAGCUGGGCCCUGCCUACCUGGGCCAGGAGCUCGGCAUCGGGGAGACCAUCCUCAUGAAAGCCGUUGCUCAGGCUACAGGGCGGCAGCUGGACAAGAUCAAGGCGGAGACCCAGGAGAAGGGAGACCUGGGGAUUGUGGCCGAGUGUAGCCGCAGCACCCAGCGCACCAUGUUCACCCCUCCCAAGCUGAACGCCACCACGGUGUUCAGCAAGCUCAAGGACAUCUCCCGCUUGACGGGAAAUACUUCUAUGAACAAGAAGAUUGAUGUUGUGAAGACCAUGUUUGUGGCCUGUCGGCACUCAGAGGCUCGCUACCUCAUCAGGUCACUGGGAGGGAAGCUGCGUAUUGGGUUGGCAGAACAGUCCGUCAUCGCUGCCCUCGCCCAAGCCGUCAGCCUGACACCUCCUGGACAAGAGUUCCCACCGAAGGUACUGGACGGUGGAAAAGGCAUGUCGCCUGACUCUCGGAAGGCAUGGAUAGAAGAGAAGAACCAGAUUCUGAAGCAGACUUACUGUGAAUUGCCAAACUACGACGUGAUUGUGUCAACCCUGCUCAAAGAGGGCCUGGAUAACUUGCCCAAGUUCUGCAAACUCACCCCAGGAGUGCCCAUGAAGCCCAUGCUGGCACACCCAACCAAGGGCAUUGGAGAAGUGCUCAAGAGGUUUGAUGAAGCAGCCUUCACUUGCGAGUACAAGUAUGAUGGAGAGCGGGCACAGAUUCAUCUGUUGGAGAAUGGGGACAUCCAUAUCUACAGCCGAAACCAGGAGAACAACACCAGCAAGUACCCUGACAUCAUCAGCCGUUUUAGCAAGGUCAAGAAGGAGCACGUGCGUUCAUGUGUCAUCGACUCGGAGGCCGUAGCCUGGGAUCAGGAGAAGAAGCAGAUUCAGCCCUUCCAGGUGCUCACCACCCGCAAGCGGAAGGAUGUUGAUGCCUCAGAAAUUAAAGUUCAAGUCUGUGUCUAUGCCUUUGAUCUGCUCUACUUGAAUGGGGAGUCGCUGGUGAAGGAGCCGUUCCGGCGCCGGCGGGAGCUUCUGCGUGCUGCGUUUGAGGAGGUGGAAGGGGAAUUCAUGUUUGCCACAGCCAUGAUCGGCUCGAACACGGAGGAAAUUGCGGAGUUCCUGGAGCAAUCUGUUCGUGAUUCUUGUGAAGGCCUCAUGGUGAAGACUCUUGAUGUGGACGCCACCUAUGAGAUUGCCAAGAGGUCCCACAACUGGUUGAAGCUAAAGAAGGACUACCUGGAGGGGGUUGGAGACACCCUGGACCUGCUGGUGGUAGGUGGAUACCAUGGCCGGGGCAAGCGCACGGGCACGUACGGUGGCUUCCUGCUCGCUUGCUACGACGACGAGAACGAGGAGUACCAGACAAUCUGCAAGAUUGGCACGGGAUUUAAGGAUGAAGACCUGGAGAAGCAUGCUGCCUUUUUUAAGGAGCAUGUGAUUGAGCGUCCGCGGUCGUACUACCGCUUCGAGAGUGGCGCAGAGCCCGACCACUGGUUCGACGCUGUGCAGGUGUGGGAGGUCAAGUGUGCCGACCUCUCAGUGUCUCCGGUCUACAAGGCAGCCAAUGGCCUGGUGGACAAGCAGAAGGGCGUGUCCCUGCGCUUUCCUCGCUUUCUCCGCGUGCGUGACGACAAGAAGCCAGAGGACGCCACCAGCAGCUCGCAGGUGGCAGAGCUUUAUAACAAGCAGCAGCAGAUACAGAAUCAGAAAUCAUCGGUGGCCGAGGAUGUGGGCGAAGAAGAGUUUUACUAGAUGGACAUUGCAUAUGCAAGCCUCUUCCGUGUCGGGGGGGGGGGGAUCCAGAGUGUUUGGGUCAGUCUCGUUGCUGAAACCAGCCUACUACCGACUCGACCUCUAACAAUUCACUAACACAACAUUUUUGUUCCUGGGUAGUAAGUGUUCUUUUCUAAUUGAUUGUGCCUCAAACGUAUGGAAAAUGGCUACUAAUAUUCCCCACAAACUUUGUUUUUGUGACCAGGACAGUGAUAUUUUUAAAUUUACCUAUUUUCAAUGAGAAAACGUGAUGUGUAUAUGUGUCAUUCCUUCACAUAAAGUCCUGGUCACAAAAGCAAAGUUUGUGGGGUUAAUAUAAUUUUCUGUACUUUUGAGGCAUAAAGCAAUUAGAAAAUAACACUUACUACCCAGCAACAAAAUUUUUUUAUUUUUUUGUUACACAGUAUAUAAUUCAGCUUCCAUGGGGGCACAUUUGCGUGAAAAUAUGCGGUGGUUUCACGAGACCAGGUUUUAUUCUACGUCCAUGAGUAUCCUUUCGGGGAAUUUGUACAAGUAGUGCCUUCUGAAGAAUAAAUACCACAUUAUAACCUGUCAAUAUCUCCGUGGUUCACGGUGAAACUAACUCGGCAACGGCUCGCUGCAUAUUUUAUGUGCCCGAGAAAAAUAAGUGUUAUUUUCACAAGUUUCUGUAGAGUAGCAAUUGUACAGAAGACAAUCCUUAUCUGUCCACUUGUAGGAUUUGUUUGCGAAAGCCAUGCUGGACAGGAUAGGGUAUGAAAGUUAUUCUAAAAACAUUUACCAGGCGUGUUCUUUCUGGUGUUGUAAUUAAAUAUCUUUAAUAGUUCUUGUUUGAUAAGUGGCUGAAAACCCCCUUCCUAUUACGUUAAAACUACUAGUUAUUAAUGUUCUUCUUAAAGUAAUCAGACUUUUUCGGCUGGUCACGUCUUCAAUAGAUUGGUGAAUACAAACAGCGCUCCAGUUUUGGGCUCAGCACAUCCAUCAUUGGCCCUUCUCCCAUCUCAAGUCUCGCCACUUUUAAAAUGCAUUGGUGAUCCCCACCCCAAGCUGUUGCAUAAUGCUCUGAUGGACACCGAGGCAAACCCUAUGAAGUAAUAAAUAAACAAAUGCCAGCCGAGUUCAAAUAAUGUGCUAGAUUCACAUUGGUGAGCUAGCAUUGGUUUAGGGGGAAAGCUGACGUGAGCACACAAUCUUUAUUUGUGAGAAAGGUGGAACAUUCAAAUUAGAUUGGUCAAGAGAGUAAUUUGGAAAUGGCUGGGAAAGCCAUGUACAAGUGGGGGGGGGGUCUUGGGGGAGCAUAGGUGAGACAAAGGGUGGACUUGGUGGAGAGGCAAGGGAGGUUUGAGAAGGAUGAGGGGGAUAAAAGGAGUCAUUAAAGGGAUUUGCGAGGAUCCUUAAAUAAAUUCUGCUACGUGUUGCAUGUUGCGGUGUUUUAUGUGCCGAAGAAAAUAAAGAACAAGUUUAAG